CUUUCUCUGACAGAUGCUCCUCCACAUGAACGAGAAGAGCUUUUCAUCCAGAAGCUGCGGCAGUGCUGCGUGCUUUUUGACUUCAUCUCUGACCCCCUCAGUGACCUGAAGUUCAAAGAGGUGAAGCGAGCAGGUCUCAACGAGAUGGUGGAAUACAUCACACACAACCGUGACGUUGUCACUGAAGCCAUCUAUCCUGAAGCUGUUAUCAUGUUUUCAGUGAACCUCUUCCGGACACUUCCGCCAUCAUCCAAUCCCACAGGCGCAGAGUUUGACCCUGAGGAAGAUGAGCCUACAUUAGAGGCUGCCUGGCCGCACCUUCAGCUGGUGUAUGAGUUCUUCCUCCGGUUCCUGGAAUCGCCUGACUUUCAACCAAACGUAGCCAAGAAAUACAUUGACCAGAAGUUUGUACUAUCUCUGCUGGAUCUCUUUGACAGUGAAGACCCCAGAGAACGAGACUUCCUAAAGACUAUUCUGCACAGGAUCUACGGGAAGUUCCUGGGUCUGCGAGCAUAUGUGAGGCGGCAGAUCAACAAUAUAUUUUACAGGUUCAUCUAUGAAACAGAGCACCACAAUGGGAUUGCAGAGCUGCUGGAGAUUCUGGGAAGCAUAAUCAACGGGUUUGCUUUGCCUCUGAAGGAAGAGCACAAGAUGUUCCUCAUCAGAGUCUUGUUACCACUGCACAAGGUCAAGUCUCUCAGUGUCUACCACCCGCAGUUGGCGUACUGUGUUGUACAGUUCUUGGAGAAAGACAGCAGCUUGACAGAGCCAGUGAUUGUGGGCUUGCUGAAGUUCUGGCCGAAAACUCACAGUCCCAAGGAGGUGAUGUUUUUAAAUGAGCUGGAGGAGAUCCUGGACGUGAUUGAGCCAUCUGAGUUUGUGAAAGUUAUGGAGCCCUUGUUCAGGCAGUUGGCCAAGUGUGUCUCCAGCCCACACUUCCAGGUGGCAGAGCGAGCGCUGUACUAUUGGAACAACGAGUAUAUCAUGAGCCUGAUCAGCGAUAACGCAGCCAAAAUUCUCCCCAUCAUGUUUCCAGCGCUCUACAAGAACUCCAAGAGUCACUGGAACAAGACAAUCCAUGGGCUGAUCUACAACGCACUGAAGCUGUUCAUGGAGAUGAACCAAAAGCUUUUUGAUGACUGCACGCAGCAAUACAAGGCAGAGAAGCAGAAGGGAAGGUUCAGGAUGAAGGAACGAGAAGAAAUGUGGCAGAAAAUAGAGGAGCUGGCCCGGCUGAACCCCCAGUACCCCAUGUAUUACGCACCUCCACCAUUGCCUCCUGUCUGCUGUAUGGAAACGGAGACCCCAACUGCGGAGGAUAUACAGCUACUGAAGAAAACGGUAGAGACGGAGGCUGUGCAGAUGCUGAAAGACAUUAAGAAGGAGAAAGUUUUGCUGCGCCGGAAAUCUGAGCUUCCUCAGGACGUCUACACUAUAAAAGCCCUGGAGGCCCACAAGAGAGCAGAAGAGUUUCUCACCUCAAGCCAGGAGGCUCUCUGACGGGCUCAGGAGCUGGCCCAGGAAGCUCUGCCCCAUCCUUUUCCCCCAGGGGUCACGGAAAUGCACUCAGUUCUCAUGUAUAAAUAAGGAAUGAACAUGGUGAGCUGUGCCUGUCCUCCACUCCAUCUGCACCCCUCCAGGGUAGAUCUGGUUUUACGUUAUAACUUGUAUCUCACCACUGUCAUGUCCUCCUGCUUUUCCUCCUUCCUCCUGCUUUUCCACCUUGGAUGUGCGUGCGUGAAGGGAGCCUGCCUGACCUGCGAUUGUAUCAGCCCAGGCAGGAGUCACUUCAUUUCCAGCUGCCGCCUGGUUCUUACUCUGCCUGGGAGCCAGAGCCUUGCUGCCCUGCAACACAGGCUCUGUGUUGGCCAGAGACUGCCGCGCGUGGCUCAGCAUGCUGCUGUAAGCCCCAAGUGCCCACCUCUGCCAUGCCUGCCCCCGUGCUGCCUGUGCAGCCAAGCCCUGCGGCGGUCAGAGGUCAGGCUGAGCUCAGGGCAGGAGCGUGUGGCAGAGUUUGUGGGGGCUCUGCUGCCUCUCCGCCCUGCCUUGGGGUGCAGCUCCGCAGCUGGAGGGUCUCGCGUACAGCGGAGGAGAUGUUCGCUUCCACCUUUCUUUUGCUUCAAGCCCCUUGUUCUGUUCCCCUGUCAGUGGAGUGGGGGUUCAGUGCUUCGCCACCCCCAGUAAAGCUGGGUGCAAGCACUACAUACUAUUGCAGCCCUCCCUUUAGAGCAUCCUUAGAAGCUCUCUUGUGGGAAAGUGAAUUCCUUCAGCUGUUUGUGUUGGUCCGUGCUGACUUGUCUCCAUCCCGAUGUCUUGGGUUAAUCGUGGGCCCAGAAUUAACUUCCCGCUUUGUAGCAGGUGUCAGCCACUGACUUCUGCUUUCUUCCUCUACCUGCUCAAUUAAAAUACUCCUGCAGCUCUCCCUUUGUUGCUGUAUCCCAUCCUUAGCUCUGCAGUGGCCAGGGUUUCUAGGAAGCUUGUGCUGCUAAAGUUAUUUCUGCAAACUAGUGGAAGCAAUGGAUACACGUUAUGGGGCCAAGCUGAGUUUCUGAGUGUUCAGUUGUCUCCUCUUUAUGAUCAACAGCUAGGUGCUACUGCUGAAUUGCUUCCGUGGGUGCUCUGAGCAAAGUUCGCCUCGCCCUGUUACUUUGGCACCUGCUGUGGCCUGAGGCCCUUGUUAGUUAUCAUAUGGUGCAUCAGGGACUUGUGCUAAUUUAGCAUUUAGAGCGCACUUGCUGAUAGCCCAGGGGGUUGCGCAGCACUUGAGUGCUACUGUGAUCCAGCUUUCUCCCAUGCCUUCUGUGGUGCAGAUUCAGUGCCAGGCCAAGGUGCCACCUUAGAGAGGCUGGCUUGUGAUAGAAAAGGGAGUCUUCCUUGCUUCUUACCUGCUGCGCUUGCUUUCUUGAUACAUAAGCUUAAGUGGGUUUGCAGUAGCGCAGGGAGCUUACGGGGUCGGUGCUAGUCUGACACUGCUUUGCAACAUCAUGGGAUGUUGCAGAAGGUCCUGGUGUAUCUGCUUGUCCUCACCAGUAAACCAUUCCCAGGUCAGAGGUUCAUCCCCUCUAAUCUUACUGCUGGUGUGCAGCACAUCUUUCCUCCAACCCAAACUAAGCUGUUUUUCCCCUGUGUAUCCUGUACCCCCUGCCCUGUUUAGCUCUCUUUCAGUUCGGCCCUCAAUAGGCAUGCCACCAUCUCUUAGGAGCAGCUGGCAAACGUGAGUAUGUGCGAGAUCACCCACAGUCACGCAGGACCCCGCCUCCCCUCCACUUCAUGCGGUGGGCCAGUUCAUCAGAAGACUUAUGAAACACCUCAGGGAGGUUAUUGCUUAUUUUGAACGUUAGUCCGAACUCAUGGUCAGCUGCCAAUCAAUUACCUCACGCCUGCACAGCAUGUAGACGUGCACUGGGUGAUGCCGGAUGAUGCACAGGAGCAGCAGGCAUCUCGGGGCACAGCGGAGACGAGGACGGCCGAGCGCCACCCGCAGCAGGGCUCUGGCUGGGGAGGAUGUUUCUUCCCGUUGCAGUACAGGCUUUCCAACUUGUCCGCUUAGUGUUGUGUUAUAAGCCGCCACCUCACUUUUAGAGUGCUACGGCAUGUGUGUGCCCUCACUCGAGCCUGCAUGCUGCUAGGCAGUGGCUGCCUUUCCCUGCUGCAGGCUGUUCUGCCUGCUGAAGGAAGAGAGACUUCUGGUGCACAGAGGCUGUCGCGGUCCUGCAGAUGGUCUGUCUCUGCCGGCAGUCCCCGAGCAUGGCCAGAGGAAUGCUGCCGGGGUUGUGCCACAUGCAGGGGCAGGACUGCAACGCAUCACGACUGCGUGCUGUACGGCUUCAAUGUUCUCAUAGCUUUGUGUGUCUUGUUCAGGGUCAGGGAACUUAUGCUUAGUACCUUCACAUUGCCAUUAGUUUGCUGCCUAUUCAUUCCAGUGUCCUGGACAUCUAAGAAGGGGACCAUGUGAGAAAGCGGGGAGUGUGUUCACCCCCCUCUGCCACACGUACGGCUCAUACGCAGACCUGCGUCUGCCACGCUACAGCUGCCCCUUGCUCAACACUUGGUUUCUAGCAUUAGUGCUGCUCAUUUCUGCCUAUGCCUUUCCCCACAUCAGCCAAAUGGACAGAACUGGAGCUGCCUCUUCCACUUCACCUAGCUCCCUCCUCCCGAGGGAACAAGCAAAAUUAACUACUGCAUUCACCCCCUGGACACAAGUAUUAAGCUGCUUACAGUUCAUAUGUACAUAUGGUGUACUUUAUUUUCAGUAGAGCAUUACAUAGUUGAAAGUGUUGGAUUUUGUACAGAUGUCCCUGUAUGUACAGAACUAAAUAAAACCGAUCUCUUGGAAAGACA